AUGUUGGAGGCUAAAUUUGAAGAAGCAUCUCUUUUCAAAAAAAUUAUUGAUGGGUUUAAAGAUUGUGUUCAAUUGGUAAAUUUUCAAUGUAAGGAAGACGGUAUAAUUGCACAAGCAGUUGAUGAUUCUCGUGUUUUACUAGUUUCAUUAGAAAUUGGUAUCGAAGCCUUCCAAGAGUACAGAUGUGAUCACCCUGUUACAUUAGGUAUUGAUUUGAACUCAUUGAGUAAAGUUCUUCGCUGUGGUAAUAAUUCUGAUACAUUAACAUUGAUUGCAGAUGACACACCAGAUUCUGUACUAUUACUGUUUGAAGACACAAAGAAGGAUCGUAUUGCUGAAUAUUCUCUAAAAUUAAUGGACAUUGAUGCAGAUUUCUUGAAGAUUGAAGAGCUUGCAUAUGACACAACUCUAUUAAUGCCAUCAUCAGAAUUUACCAAGAUUGUACGUGAUCUUUCACAGUUUAGUGAUUCAUUAAAUAUCAUGAUUACAAAGGAAACUAUUAAGUUUGUCGCAGAUGGUGAUAUCGGUUCUGGUUCUGUUAUUUUAAAACCAUUUGUCAAUAUGGACAGACCUGAAGAAAGCAUUAAACUAGAAAUGGACCAACCUGUGGAUUUAACAUUUGGUUCUAAAUAUCUGCAGGAUAUCGUUAAAGGUUCUGCACUUUCAGAAAAAGUUGGUGUUAGACUUUCUAGUGAAGCACCUGCUCUUUUCCAAUUUGAUUUGAAGAGUGGGUACUUACAAUUCUUCUUAGCACCAAAAUUCAACGAUGAAGAGUAA